UCCAUUUACAAGUUCCAACAUAUUAUUAUCAAGUGUUAAGGUGAAAAGAAAUAAAUGCAGUUGCUCCUGACAUACAUACCUAGGUAUAAGUGUAUUGCUGUACGGAGCGACUAGCUCCCGCCGUCUGACCAAUAACAAUUCACGACCCUGCAACCGCGAGGCUAAGACCUAAUUCGUGGCUUCAACACAUGCGCGAACGAGGCUCACUUACACACGUCCACCUUGCUCUCCAACCAAAGAAAUACGAAUUACCCACUAUCUCCCCCGGUCACAGCAAUUGCAUUCAAGAUGGAUCCAUAUUCACCAGAGGGAGAGCUCAUCAACAUCCACACGGCCUUCCACGCUGGCGCCUAUCAGCAAGUCCUCGAUUUUGAUACCUCUUCUUUCAGUUCUGCCAAUGCUCUGCCCUCACGCGUACUGAAGCUACGUUCGCAAAUCGCUCUCGGACAAGCCAAAGAAGUGGCUUCCUCUCUGGCUAAAGAAACCACCCCAGAUUUGGUCGCGGUGAGGUUACUCGCAGAGUACCAAGGUGGAAAAGAUGUAGUUGCGGAAGUAAAAGCAUUGGUGGAGAAAGAAGGUCAGGGCAAUCUGACUGUGCAGCUGGUUGGUGGCAUGGUGCUGGAGCGCGAAGGGGAGACAGAGGCAGCAUUGGAAUUGUUGAGCAAACACGAGGGUAGUCUGGAUGCUGUGGCCUUGAUUGUACAAAUCCACCUCCGCCAAAACCGUACCGACCUCGCCACAAAGGAAGCUCAACGCGCACGGAAAUGGGCUCAGGAUAGCCUGCUUGUGAACUUGGCAGAGUCAUGGGUUGGCAUGCGCGAGGGUGGUGAGAAGUACCAAUCAGCCUUCUAUGUUUUCGAAGAACUCGCCCAAACUUCACAAACGCAAUCUGUACACUCCUUAGUUGCACAAGCCGUGUCAGAACUCCACCUUGGUCGUCUGCCCGAAGCCGAAGCCGCUCUGCAACAAGCCGCUGGGCUGAACGAAAAUAACGCCGAAACGAUCGCAAACUCUAUUGUGCUGAAUAUUUUGCUAGGGAAAAAGGAUGAGGUGGAUAAGUUGAAACAAAAACUCGAGAGCGUAGACGCAGAACAUGCGGUACUAGCCGAUUGGAAAGUGAAGAAGGGUGACUUUGAAAAAGCGAUGAGCAAAUAUUCGCCAAAGUUUGAAAUCGCUGCUUAG